AUUGCACAACCUUUCACACACAGCACUGCAGUGAGUUUGGUUUUCUUCAUCACCUUCAGUCGGCUAGGAAGCAGAAUAAACUGGUUACAUUUGGUUAAAUCUGAACUUUUUGUGAUUAAAAUUGGACCCUUGUUUGCAAAACAGUUCACAAACCAAGCAUUACUGGAAUGUUGUCAUCACCAACAACAAGAAAAAAAAACAUUAAGACUUGAUAUGCCUGCUUUGUAUUAGGUGACAACAAGGCUUUUUCACCGUUGAACUAAUGCUCAACGAAAGGCGUAAAGUCCUUCACAAUGGAACGAGCCUGGAUUAUUGUGGAGUGCAUUUGUAGAAUCCUCGGCAUUUCUACAGCAGCAGCUGUUAAAAAAACAUACCCUCCAGCGAGACCAGUCCCGCUCUGCACCGCUGUUGACUUGAAGGUUCUGGGCGACCUCAACACGCCCACUCGCUGUGUGCGGCCUAGUGCCCUUACAGUUCUUCUGGGAGUAGGAAUAGAAACCAUCCUUCAGGGAGAAUUCAAAAGUCUUGGUGUCUAUCUUCUUAUUUCAGCAGCUGGCAUUAGUGUUUUUGAACUAUCCUAUUUCAUUGACUUACUGCUGGGGCCAUUUUUCCCCUGCAAGUCUGACUCCACACUAUGUAUCCGAUGGACAAAAACAGCUAGACUGGGUGGUUUUCAAAAGUUUUUAGCCUAUACACUGAUGUCUGUUGUGUGUUUUCUGCACCCAGUCCUGGUGUGGCAUGCUACUAUUCCAGGAACCAUGCUUGUUACAACUGGCUUUUCCUACUUCAUAAUAAGUAAGAAGAAAAAGACAAAGCUGUCCAAAGACCCAGCCAGCCAAUCUGAACGCUAUGCAGAUCCUUCUGCUACAUUGGUGGAUGUGACAGAAACAGGGGAUACAGAGCAAACGUUCAGCUUCAACAAUCCUGUUAAAAAGCAGAAGACAACUCCCUUAGCAUACCUUGAGAGCAUACUGAAAAUCAAACCGUCAAAAGAAAAUGAGCCAUCUAUGCUUCACCAAAGCUUUCCUGAGGAUAAACCACCGAUAAACAUGGGGAGGAAAAGACAGGAACAUAUUGAAGAGAAUGCAGUAACAAUGAUUGCAGUUGAGUCUGAAAGCCUGUAUAAUCAUGACAUGGGUUUAGAGGAAAAUACUUCAGACACGACUCCCAUCAUCAGAUCAUAACAUUCAUUUUUUGGGGGGAUUGCUUUAUAUAUUCACUGGAGGUACAGUGUACCAUAAAGCACAUAUCAGAUAUAUUCUGUACAUGCUACUGUACGUAGUCAAUGAGUCACUUCUCUUCCUAAACACAGUAAUAAAUAGUUUUAUAUUUUAAUGUUCAAACUGAAAGCUCCAGAGAAACAAAACAUUUAACCCCCAACACUACUAAUCCAGUUAUAAUUUACUGCUAGAAUAUUUGUGCAAAGAUAUAAGGGAUUUCAGUGAAUUUACCCAGGAACUGUUUAAACAAAAGACUACUGAGGCUAAAAAAAGCAGAAGAACUCCACAAUAACAUUGAAUAUACCAGCUGCAGAUCAUAAGGGAACAUCUGGACACAUGUGUACCAGUGGUGCCAAACAAUGCAUGUAUUAAAUCAGAUCCUGUUUUAUCAUGAAUUAUCCUGUUUGCAGUUAAAUCAAACAAUAAGCAACAAACAGCACCUGGGUCUUUCACUGUGUGUAGAACACACUGAAUUCAUUGUUAUACCUCCUGAGUUUGAUUAGUCUUUUUUUCUGCACCAAUCAGAAGUCUGUGGUAUGGUCAUUUUUUACAGAUACAAUGGAAUAUGAUAAUGUUUAUUGUGCCAUCAUGAACUGAAACAACUGUUUUGUUUUGUAUAGCUAACCAUUUAAAUUAAUCUCAAUGCUGUAUAUUACCAAAUAUCGUUAUCCCCCGCUGGUUUUCUUAGGGUUUUGGUCAUGUCAGUAUACAUACAGUAUAUUUCUGUAGUUUACUGUAUGUUCCCAAGAUACAAACACAUGUAAUUUAGUUUUAUCUAACAAAUGUUUUGUUGAUAAAGGCUAUCUUUGUUUCCAAAUAAAUAAAGGCUCAAACAAAGCUCUUAAUUCAGAAGAGAGAAGAGACUGGGACUGAUAUCACUCAUGCCUGGGCUUUCUAUGUAAACAAAGGCCCGCAUUUAUACAGGGUUUUAAAUAAACAAUAGAUAAGUCUCAGGUUUUUUUGUCUUUUUAUUUUU